UACUUGAAAAGAAAACAAAGAAACAAAGAUUAAUGGAGAAAAAACCCUAGAGAGAAGGGUAGGGUCACAUAGUGAGGGACAUACUCGAAAGCCACGUUACCAUUACAGAGGCGAUCCGAUUUUAUCUGGCGGGUGAGAGAGUGAAUAUUGCGUAGUAUCGAAGACAGUAUCAUUGUUGAAAUCCAUCCAAUCUAUAGAUUUAUUUCUAUUCCAUUCCAUGGAUCUGUAUUAGUCCUUAGUAGAAGAAGUCAAAGCAAAUUGAGCUGAACUGAACUGAACUGGAGAAGAAGAAGAAGAAGAUGGCGGAAGAGAAAGAAUCAACUUCGAUUCCUCUGAGUCAAGCAGACAAUGCCUCUUCCGAAGAUCCCGAAGAUCCGGCAAAGUCUCCCCCCAAUUCUCCUAAUUCCUCCACUCGCAGGGCAUGUUGCUUUGUUCUCCAAAGUUGGGUAUCAAAGAAAUUUAUGACCGGAUGUGUAGUUCUUUUCCCAGUUGCAGUUACCUUCUUUAUUACAUGGUGGUUCAUUCAAUUUGUUGAUGGUUUCUUUAGCCCAAUAUACUCCAGGCUUGGCAUUGACAUAUUUGGACUUGGUUUUAUUACAUCUUUGGUUUUUGUAUUUCUUAUUGGUGUUUUUGUUUCAUCAUGGAUGGGUGCCACCGUUUUCUGGCUUGGAGAAUGGUUCAUAAAGCGAAUGCCCCUUGUUAGGCAUAUAUACUCUGCGUCCAAGCAGAUUAGUGCUGCAAUAUCUCCAGAUCAAAAUACCACAGCCUUUAAGGAAGUUGCAAUUAUCCGUCACCCACGUGUUGGUGAAUAUGCUUUUGGCUUUAUUACAUCUACUGUUACUCUACAGAAAGAAAAUGAAGACGAAGAGCUCUGCAGUGUUUUUGUCCCUACAAACCAUUUAUAUAUUGGGGAUAUAUUUUUGGUUAACUCCAAAGAAAUUAUAAGACCAAAUCUUUCUAUUCGAGAAGGCAUAGAAAUAAUUGUUUCUGGGGGAAUGACAAUGCCACAGUUGAUAUCUCCAUUAGAAAGAGCACCUAGACAGAGUGAGAGAAUCCCGUUGAACCGAAUUGCAUCAAGGGCAUAGAGCUAUGGAUGUCUCAUGUGGCCAUGCAUGCAAGCAAAGAAAUUCUGAUAGUCUGAGCUCUAUUAUUAUUAACCUGCAUGUGAUGAAAUUUGUAUACUAAGGUUGUUGUUUAUCAUUAGUUAAAAAGAGUGUUAAAUACCUUGUAAUAAUGUAAUUAUUAUUGUUAUGAUUAUAAUUCAAAUA